AUGGGCACCACAAGCCGACUUAACAGGGCUCCUAAUCGUCAACGGCAGCUGGACCUACUCACGCAUCCUGAUCAUAUGUGGAGGAGGCUCUUCGUCCGCGGAAAAAAUGACGAACUCGAGAGACUUCAAGGAUUUCGCCCUGGUGGAUACUUUCCUCUUCAUUUACACGAUGAGCUUCACAACGGCCGGUAUCGAAUCAUUCACAAGCUCGGCCAUGGCGGCCUUGCGACUGUCUGGCUCUGCAGGGACGAGAAUGCCGAUACACCCACAUAUGUGGCUAUAAAGAUUCUUGUCGCCAGCGAAGUGGAACACGAAAACGCCGAAAUCAAACUGGCAGCUGCCCUGAAAAAGAAGGGCCUAGACAAGAUUGCCGCUGGACAACACUUGUGUCUUCCUCAAGAGCACUUUAUAAGCCAGAGCCCAAACGGACAACACAUCUGUCUUGUCUUCCCUGUGCUUGGACCGACGGUACAUGAUGUAACAGAACUGUUCGGCCCCGGAGAAAGCUUGCCCAGGACUGUACAAGAGAUUUCACGACAUGUAGUAGAGGCUUUGGGUGUGUUGCAUGAGAACGGGGUCUGCCAUGGAGAUUUAAGACCAUCAAAUAUCCUUCUAGGCUUACAGAGCCUCGAUGGCUUGAGAGUAGAUCAGGUGUUUGCACGUCUCGAAGUGCCAGAAACCACCGAUAUUAUCAUUCGCAAGGAUGCCCACCUGACUUCUAAUAUUCCUCACGCACCGAAAUAUCUUGUCUAUCCGGUUGACUUUGGAAGCAUCGAUGCAGAAUUUGUACUACCACGUGCAAAUAUAAUUGACUUUGGUCAAUCAUUCAAUUUGUCUCAUCCACCUGCGAGCUACGGUAUUCCAACUAACUACUCGGCCCCGGAAGUUGUCCUUGAUCAUCGCGGUACUGCAGCUAUGGACAUGUGGUCACUGGGCUGUACGCUAUACGAAAUACGGCUAGGACAGCGGCUAUUUGACGUCUUCCAAUUGAUUGACACCCGCAAAGAGGACUAUGUGAAUGAGGUUGCCUCCCUCCUUGGGAAACCCCCUGGGCGAUGGGCAGAAUUCUUCGAACAGGACGACGAAGCCGAGCUAGACGUAUCCCCGGACCAUCCAUACCUGCAAGAAGAACGUGUUUAUUCAAUAUAUGAAAAACUUGCAAGUCGCCAUGACUGUAGAGGGCAGGAUUGUGACCACCCGCGAUUCCAAGUCAUUUCAGAAACCGAGGCUGCAGAUCUAGCGGAUCUAUUGGAGAAACUACUAAAAUAUCAGGCGGAGGAACGGCUAAGCGUGCGAGAAGUAUUAAAGCAUUCAUGGUUCAACACAGAUUACUGA